AUGCCCGCCCGACUCGUCGUCGCCAGCAGCAUGGCGCUGCCCCGCACCCUCACCCUGCGCACCUUCUCCACCGCACGCACCGCGGCCGCGGGAGGUGGCUUCUUCACCCGUCCCUCGAACGCCCCCACGUCGUCCAACGCGCCCUCGGUGCCCGCCGCCAAGCCGGUCCGUCCCGUCGCCCAACCACACACGCCUCCGCACGCCGUCGGCAUCGAGCAGUCGCCCAACUUCCCCACCACCUGGAGCGAGUCCCAAAAUCCAAAGGAGCUCGCCAUGCGCGGUCCGCGCUUUGAGCAGAUCGACCUCGAGUUCCAGCCCCAGCCUGUCGCCGCCAUCGAACUCAUCCAGAGGGAACCCAUCCGUCUCGUCUCGAAGCGCAUCGCCAGCUGCGACGGCGGCGACGGCCCCCUCGGCCACCCCAAGGUCUUUAUCAACCUCGAUAAGCCCGGCCCCAAGCCCUGCCCGUACUGCGGAAUCCGCUUCGAGCUCGACCACUCGCACUCGCACCACUAG